UACCUACCUACUACCUACAUAAAUAAAUCACUUGGUAGGUUACAAAAAAGAAAGAAGUAGAUACAGAAUGUUUAACAAUAUUUUUAAAAUAUCGCGAAAUUUAAAUAUAAUUUCCAAUACUUUUAUUAAAAAAGGAUCUGUCAGUAAUGUGAGAUUUAAUACGAAUAUUGCAAAUAUUAUGCGAUCACAGAAGGUCAAAAGAAAAGAAGAACCGACUGAAAUAUACAAAUGGAUCUUACUGAUGAUACCAGUUACUUCCUUUACUCUUGGUUCAUGGCAAGUGUACAGAUGGCAAUGGAAGCUGGGGCUCAUUGACAUGAUGCAAGCUAAAUCCAAUGCUGUCCCAAUCGACAUGCCAAAAGACUUUUCAGAAUUAGAAAAAAUGGAAUAUUUACCAGUGAAAGUAAAAGGAGAAUUUUUGCACGAAAAAGAGAUAUUAAUAGGUCCUAGAGCACUCAUAGAAGAGAGUUCUAUCACCAAUAGAGUUGGUUCACUUGUAUCUGACCCAAAGAAAAACCAAGGGUGGUUGGUGAUCACUCCGUUUAAGUUAGCUGACACAGGAGAAGUCAUCUUGAUAAACAGAGGUUGGAUUCAUCAAAACUUAAGGCCUAAAGAAAAGCGAGAGCCAUCUUUAAUAAAGGGUCCUGUUGAGCUAACUGGUGUUGUAAGGUUAACAGAGAAACGAGCUCCUUUCAUGCCUAAAAAUAAUCCAGAAAAAGGCUCAUGGUUUUACAGAGAUUUGGAUCAGAUGAGUGCUCAUAUUGGAUGUUUGCCGAUUUGGUUGGAUGCAAAAGGUAUCCCAGACCCACCUACUGGUUGGCCGAUCCCAAAUCAAACCAGAGUAACAUUGCGGAAUGAACACUUUUCGUACAUUGUCACAUGGUAUUCUUUGUUUGCAUUUACUAGUAUUAUGUGGCAUCGUUUCUUCAUUAGAAAGUUACCAUUAUUGUAAAUAAAGACAAAAAGUUUAAUAGGUUUAGAGCAUUAUUAAUUUUAAUGUUACUUAAGUCAA